CUGCUCACAAUGGACGAGGAAAAUGUGCCAAUUCUUUAUCAUUUUAAGUUGGCGGCAUUGUCCAAAACUUUCUGAAAGCUUAAGUUAGCGAUAACUCUAUGCGGUUUACUAGCUGGUUUAAUGUAGUAAACUCAGCUUAAAGUUGUUUAGCUGGAGAGCCGGUUGACAUAACACGACUUCACUAGUCUGCUGCAGCUGCACAGGCUCAAGCCGAAGAGCGGCGAAGCCUGGCAGGCAACAGUCCAGGACCUACAACCAACACAACACCAGCUAAACCUCAGGGGUCUAAGCCAGUAAUUGACGGCGCCUCUCUAAGAAUAGACGACAAACUGCGAGUGGCAAGAGAGCGGCGAGAGGAAGCAGAUAAACAGCAAGCUUUGCGAGAAUCGCAGAUCAUGGAGCGGGAACGGAAAUCCAAGUUACAAGUGGAACGACAGAUGGAGGAGCGUCAGAGAAAGGUUGAGGAACAAAGAAGGAAGGAGGAGCAGAAACGUUUGGCUGUAGAGGAGAAGAGGAAGCAGAAACAGGAGGAAGAAAAGGAGCACUAUGAGGCGGUGAUGAGGAGGACACUAGAGCGUAGCCAGCGAGUGGAGCAGAGACAGAAAAGAUGGUCCUGGGGAGGACUGCCCACAGACUCGGAUGGACGAACAGGAGACUCUGAUGCCAGUGCUGCAUCUCCAGUAGCUAUAGUAGUCUCCCCUGCCUCACCAGAAAAGCCACCGAGGAGUCGACAAGUGGACAAGCGCUCCACAUCCACCAUGAACCUGAAACAGCCGUCCGAGGCUGGCAUCAGCAAACGCCUAUCCUCCUCCUCUGCCACCCUCAGGUCUCCUGACAAAAGUGUUAAGCCAAGGAGUUCGUCUUGUAACCGGUUGCCUAGCAAUGGCAAUGCUGCUCAGGCCACUAAGGAAGACAACAAAAAGCUUCAGGUGGAUCAGACAGGCCGUUCCAUGAAGAAGAGGAGUUCCUCCCUCACACGAAUCAGUGUGGGCAGAUCACAGCCCCCUGCCAAACCUGAUAAAGGGACAACGGAUGACCAAGCUCGCAGGCCACCGUCCAGCACAGUGGAUGGAGGGGUCCUUAGUCGCCUGCUCACCCCCACCCAGGCCUCACUAGCUAGGAGCAAGAGUGCCGCCGCCCUGUCCGCUGAAGGAACAUAUGCUCCAGAGUGUCACCUAUGUCCUCGCUCAGCCUCUGCCAGCCCCCUGCAUCCGCCACGUGGACCUGUGCGGAGCCGUAGCAUCGACCGACAGAAGAGCGGCAUGACCACGUCUGUCUCCGCUGACGGAGCACUCGACCCUUCAUUGAAGGACAAGCUGUUAACAUUACCUGGGGGACAACGCCCUCCGUCCCCAUCCUCUACCUUGACGCGGAACCGCUCUCCAUCCCCAGCUCCCAAUCCAGCUCCCAAGAGGACCCCAUCCCCGGCAGCCAAGCAAAAUCCCCGGACACGCCCACCCUCACCUGGUGCAAUGAAACAGCGCCCCCCAUCUCCCCAACCCAUGUCAUCCAAACCCCCACCUAUCCAGAAACCAGCUCUCACACCAACAGGGCCCCCAACAUUACGAAAAAGGGACUCCAAGUCCAAGGAAAUGUGUCCUGCACAGGCUCCACAAUCCUCUGAUGCCAGCAAGACCAAAGAGAAAGAUGACUCUAAGGCCUCCACAGGCACGAACUCUGCUGCUGAAGCAGCCAAGAUCCUGGCAGAGAAUCGCAGACUGAUGCGAGAGCAGAAAGAGAAAGAGGAGCAGCUGAGGAUACAGAAGGAGGAAGAGGAGAAGCUUAGAAUAGAAGAAGAGAAGCGUUUAGCUGAAGAGGCUCGACUGAAACGUCUUGAGGAAGAGAAGAAGCUCGCAGAGGAGAGGAAAAUCAAAGAGGAGGAAGACGCUCUUAAAGCAGAAGAGGAGCGAUUGAGACUGGCAGAAGAGGAGGCACAGAAACAGGCUGAACUUCAGAAGGAGAGGGAGGAGGCUGAGGCCAAGGCCCAGGAGGAGGCCGAGAGGGUCCGUCAGGAGAGAGACCGCAUCAUGCAGCAGAACCAGCAGGAGCGCAUGGAGAGGAAGAAGAGAAUUGAAGAAAUAAUGAAGAGAACAAGAAAAGGGGACCAAAAUGACUUGAAGAGAGAUGAUGAUAAAUCCGCACAGGAUAUUGAGGACGAGGGAGAAGACCAGAUAAACUGUGAAACUGAGGCCCAGACAGGUGAAAUCGGCACGGAGACCGAUGAGGGCGGUCUGUCCUCUGGUGAGCCUAUAGCACAACGAGAGGAACCCCUGGGCAGCGUAAACGGAAAACCAGAGACGGAUGACAAGGAGAAUAACAAUGGUGUAAGCACAGACGAGACUCAGGCUGUUAGUCCUAAAGGCCGUCUUGUGGAGGGCUCGGAGUUCCUGAAUGAGCAGGACUCUGCCAAGGUCGGUCUGGUCUCAGGGCUCAACGGAAAAACCAACCAGUGGAGCUUCGAGGAGCUCAUCGACCUCAACGUCCACUCCAAGACUCGACCUCUCAUCGAAGCUGAAGACUGUAAUCAGGUUUUGAUCAACUGUGAUGGGGCCCCAGAUGGGAACAGAGUCGCCUUUGAGGACAAGGGGACCCCCGUCAACACCCUGCAUUCCUCUAAUCAGCCUAUAGAAGCCCUGUCAGAGAUUUGAUACUGAAUCUGUCGACCAGAAGCCUGUUAUUGUUGCACUCCUAAAGUUCUUAUCCAGCUCCUUAAAAUGUCCUCCACAAGUUCCAGCCAUCUUCCUCCUCUUCAACCACACGGAGAAGCACAAGGUGAAGCGGAAAGACCACCCCAAGUGCUAAAUUUGCACCCUACAUGAUGAGGAAAAUGUUUUUAAAUUAUCUCUAAAAUCUUAUGCUUCAGGGAAAUUCCACAGAAAUGUAUAAAUAUCCUUUAACAUUCUAGCUUCAGGUCUCUUUCCUCUUCUUCUUGUGUUUAGUUCUUCUGAUGUCCAGAUUCUUUUUCUAUAUUGUGUCCACUUUUGAUAUUUUUUAAGAGUUUUGUCUUUGUCAGGGGUGUUUUUGUUGUAAUUUAUUAAUUUUGGCUUCUGUGUUAUUGUAAUUAUUGUUAUCAUAUGUUUAGUCUUUUUCUCUUAUAUGAUACUAUUCCAGGACACAUGCACAUUUAUCUAUAUGUACUGAACAUGAGGUUAAUAUCGUGAAUUAAUAGAAUGAUUGGUUAAUUCACUCGGUUCUGUGAGGAGGAAUGGAGGAUGGGCGUCCCAGUUUUUUUGCAUGUGAUUUAUCUAAAUUUACUUGACCGGCUGCUUUUUGCAGCAUCCAGCAAUAUGGCCUUAUCAUUUUUCUCAACUUCCAAUCUUUAAGUGCAUACAUAUACAACAUUGUUUGUGCUUAAGCUCCUGCAUGCACAACACUGCGUCAUGUGCACUUGGGAAUGGGUACUGUAUUGAACUUUGUCCUUCGAGCCCCUUUUCUUGGCUUUCCUCACUCUGUGUUUCCCUCUUUGACCAGUAGGGGGCAUAAGGAGCACAAUUGUUACAACCUGAAAAGUGUUGGGCUUCACGACAACACUGUAGUGAAUUAAUUUGUUCAUUGAAGUUUUAGCAGUUCAUUAAAUUAGGGCUUACGGUCCGUUUAGGUUAUUUUUUACAUAUGUAUAUAGACUCUUAUGUUUACUAACAGCAUUGCUGUAAAUCCAAGUUGCAUUUGGUUAAAUAUAAAAUCUAAUCUGUUUUCCACAAUAACUACACCUGUAACAUACUAAUUUAAUGAUAGAUGAGGUCCACUAGUUUCAUUCAUAUUUGCUUCUGAGGCAGGAUGUGUUCACUUUACUGAACCGAACCUGUGUUUAGCGCUUCAGUCAUGAUGCUCACAGUUCACCUUUCCUACAACUACAGAGCUUUACUAUCACAUCCAUACACACUUUGUCAUCGAUGUCUUUGGCUGUGAGUCCACUUUCCUUUAAUAUCUUUCAUCCACUAGCUGCUACUUCUGACAUUUCAGCUGUUUUUAUGAUAUAAAAUUUGGCUGUUUGUUUAUAUAUGAAAAUACAUUUCUACAUAUAUUUAAGUGUUAUUGUAUUGUGUAUAUAAUCAGUAUUAGGCAAGUGAAGCCAUGUUUAGGACAGAAUUGCAUCAGGAUGUGGAUAAUUGAAGUCUGUGUUUGUGACGGUGUUGUUAAGUUGCUGGUUGACUCAUGCCCCGUGGCAGUCAGGUUACAUUUUGGGCAGCCAUAAAACCCUAAUUUUUCAGAGAGCCCUCUUCCAUAUUCGCUCUGCUAAACAAGGGGCCAAAAGCGGACCCACUACAUGUUUUUGACAAUUUAUGUUUGUAUCUGCAUGUUUUUGGAAACUUCUCAGCCGCACAUCUGUUUCAACCCUAAGCAACAUGUCUGACCCACGACACAGAGUUGUGUUCUGUCAUAAUGUUCUUAGUGUCACCUUAACUGUUUUGUGUUAUGUUAAAGGAUAUGGGGAUAUUGGAUAAUUCUCAUAGCCAUAUCAUCUCAGGAAGCAACCUUUCAUUUUCUUGUAUGAGGCAGUGUACAUCUGCCACAGCAAACUGAGACAGCAACAAAAUGUGACACAGUUCAGACUUAAUUUGAUGUAGUUUUCUGUCUGUCAUGGAUUUUUUUCGUGAAUGAAAUCUUGAAAUUCCCUGGGCUUGAGUAGUCCAACAUAAGGUUUGGGGACCUUGAUUUUUGCCUUGUUCUCUGCCUGCAUUCAGACCCUCUUUACAACUUUGUACAUAAAGACUAGGGCCUUUUUAUUAGAUGUUUGCAUUGAUUAAUAAGCUCAAAGAAUGUAAAAUGCACAAUACACCGUCCUCAAUUAUUUACCAUGUCUUUCAGAGAUGUCCGCUUUGGCUUAGAUACAAUAUUCAUCUAGAAAAUACGACACACUUUGCACUGUCAGAAAUUUGCUCACUAUUUUUAAAGAACGACUGAUACUUACUGAGGAGUAGCUUUACUGUACAAUAGAGAUGGAAAGCUGUUAUAUUCUGGAUUUAAAAAAGGUCUUUGUGGUUUGUUCAUGCCCAGAUGUUUUAGAGUUCUUGGUUAAUAAUCCAAGCUUUGCCUGUAUACAUACUUUACCCCAAAUCAUUCCUGCUUCCUGACGCUUUCACUAAAACUAAGGCUUGUUGACUUGGGCGGGUGCUUCAUGAGUAGCAUCUGGUGAAGGCUUUUGUAGCUGCUGCUUGAACAGAUACUGUAUCUAAUCCUGGUCCUGCUGCAUCUUUGAGGGCUUAAGUACACAGACGACUGCUCCUUGUCCUGUACCUUGUCUUUAUUAAUAGGAUAGAACGGUGCCUUAGCUUGAGAUUGAGUAUUUUUAUUGUAUUAUAGUGAACUAAAAAAAACAAAAAAGCUUGUCCUUA